ACUCUCCCUAUAUUCUGCAGUUGAACAGUAGGCUUUAAAAUUCUGCAGUAUUUCUCACACCUAUAUCAACGCACAUUGACUCUCAAUUCUCUCUCUUUCUCUCUCUAAAUUCUCGCAAUCCCCAAAUUUUAGGGUUCUAUUUUAAUCAUCGACAUCAGUCCUGGCCUUGACUGUUCAGUGCUUUGUCUUAAUUUUGACGGAGGUGGGUGCCGAGAAGUUCUUGGAUUCAAAUGGAUUGAUGUGAUUGUGAUUUGAAAAGGCCUUGCUUGUUUGUGGCUUCUGUAAGGGAACAUUGGUUCAGGGCUUGUGCAUAAUUACAGGAGCAUGCAAUCCAAGUCUAAAAGCGUCCACCAAGGAGAAGCGGCCGGCCUUUACAAUGUUGCAAACUCCACUUCUGAUCCUUGGUGGAACAAUACUGGAUAUAAUUCCUUUUCCCCAGCUAUGAUGAGGGGAAAUGCAUCAGAUUCGUCAUCCCUGGAACAAUCUGUGGAUGGACAGUCACAAUCUGAAGGUGGGAUAAAUGAGGAAGAUGAUGAUACUACCAAAAAAUCGCCAACUGGUACACCUCUGCAGCCAGAUAGACGCUAUGGGAGGGAGGGUCCAAAACUCCAGCAAGUUCCACCUACCUUACAUCCAAGAAAUGAUGGGAACUUUACUCAUGCCCCGCAGCUUGAGCUUGUUGGGCACUCAGUUGCUUGCGGCUCAAAUCCAUAUGAUCAAUAUUAUGGAGGAAUGAUGGCUGCUUAUGCCCAGUCUUUGGUUCCUCCGUAUUUACAUGAUAUGCAUCAUGCAAGAAUGCCACUGCCCCUGGAAAUGGCACAGGAGCCUGUAUAUGUGAAUGCCAAGCAGUACCAUGGUAUUCUGAGGAGGCGACAGUCACGUGCUAAAGCGGAGCUUGAAAAGAAGUUGAUAAAAGUCCGUAAGCCUUAUCUCCAUGAGUCUCGUCACCAGCAUGCCUUGAGGAGGGCAAGGGGCACUGGGGGACGUUUUGCAAAGAAGUCUGAUUCAGAUACUUCUAAGGGGACAGAUUCUGGCUCGGCUAUCAUGUCACAGUCUAUCAGUUCAUCAGGUUCUGGACCAUUUCUCUCCGACUCCAGUGGAGCAAAAGUGCCUGAUGCUCAGGAUUUGUACAACAGUGAUAUUGGAAAUUUUAGAAAUCAAACCAACUGGCAGGUACAGGCAAAUCAGCGUCGUUCCGCUGAGACGGGAGAAGGACCCACUUCAAGUCAGAAGUGGGGAAAUAUUCCACCUAACCGUGCACUUGCUAUGCCGUGAACUCACACUUAUAGUGUGUGGGUAGGGGGUGGUUGGUGACCAGAGAAAGGCAGCUGGUUACUCGUUUAAACCUUGGCUUUCCGGAGCUGGGCGGCAAUUCAUUCUUGGCUGUUUUUAUUUUAGUGUGUGGGGGAGGAGUAAUGGGGAUUCUUCUAGCCCCUUUCUUUGAACUACUAUUGUUCUUCCCUUCUGUACAAAAUGUCAUUAGAGAUGAAGGUUGAGUAGGAAAAAGACCUGGUAAUAGCUGGAGUACCUGUAGAGUUCUAGGGGAAGCAUCUAUGUACUACUUGCAGUUGUCUUGUUUUCGAUUUCAAAAUGUGAAAACUUUUGUGUUGAUUA